AUGGAUUAUCCAAACGACGGCCCGCCGGACCACAACGCUCCUGGAGACCAUUCUAUGUAUCCUGAUAUCGAUGAGUCUAUGCAAUAUCCCUGGCAAGGGACCCAGACAACGACGCAGGGGGACUCGUCAAUUCAUUCGGUCAUCGACCCCCGGUUGUACAAGGACUUGUUCCCAACCAACGCAACCCAGUCACCCGAUCAAUCAGAGGCGGAGGAAGAGGUCGAUGACAUCUAUUACGGAGCCCAGUUCUCUGACGAAGGCUCGGAAUACCAGUACUCCGCAGAGGAAAGCCAAAGUGACGAGGACCUCUCAGAUGUCCCAGAAGCAGAUGACGAUGAGGUCUACGGGGGCCGGCGAAGACGCCGUCGAGGCACGGGCCCCUUUUCUGGUCGCUAUGGUGCUCGGGGCGGAAAAGGAAUCAAGAGAGGGCCCCGGAAGCCUGUAGAGCCUAGCCCGGAGUUCAAACUGUUGCAUUCAGAAGCUACGUCUGCCUUUAUCGAUGGUGACUAUGACCGUGCCAUUGACUUGGUGAAACGUGCCAUUCAAAUCAAUCCCGAGAUGUUCGCCGCCCACUCGCUGCUGUCUGAGAUCUUCUUGGCUCAGGGUGAGAAAGGCAAGGCUUUGACUGCACUCUUCAGUGGAGCUCAUACCCGUCCGAGGGACCCCACCGUAUGGGCCAAGGUGGCGCGGAUGAUACUCGCAAGAGCGGGUGAUGACCGUAUAGACGCGUUGCAAGACGUUAUCUAUUGUUAUAGCCGAGUGCUUGAGAUCGACCCUCGAAACUACAAUGUCCGGUUCCAGAGAGCAGCUCUCUAUCGGGAGUUGCGGUAUAAUGGCCGAGCCGCAGCGGAAUACGAAAGAAUCCUCAACGAUGUACCGCACAGCACGAGGGCUCUUCGGCACCUUGCAGAGGCUUACAUCGAUCUGGAGAAGGUGGAUAAAGCUGUCACUCGCUGGGCUGAGAGUGUCGAAUACUACAUCUCUCUUGACCCGGAAGAAGCGCCCGACUUCUCUUGGUCUGACGUCAAUAUCUAUGCCGAGCUCUAUGCCUUACUGGGCCAACAUGAAAAAGGGUUGAAGGCUUUGAAACAACUGGCACGAUGGCUUUUGGGUCGCAGGGAUGACACGAUGUGGGAAACCUUUGACGAAGAUGACCGCGAAUGGGAUGCCGACGACUCGCCGCGUCGAAUCAAAGUCGAUGGCUACAUUCCCGGACAGUGGCCUCGGGACUCCUACGGGCUCGGACUUCCGCUGGAACUUCGCAUCAAACUCGGUCUCUUUCGCCUGAGAAUGGGCCCCGAACACAAGGACGAAGCUCUGUUCCAUUUUGAAUGGCUGAAUCCCGAAGAUACUGCAGAGGGAGCCCGGCUAUAUGAUUACGGGGACCUUUUCCGGGAGGUUGCCGAUGCGCUCAAAGACAUGGGUCUGGCCGAGGAAGCGCUGCGGUUCUAUAUGCCCCUCCAACAGACCAACGAAUAUGCAGAUGUCAGCUUCUUUAUGGCUAUGGGUGACUGUCUUCGACAGCUCGACAAAUUGGAGGAUGCAGAAAACUGCUAUCUUACUGUUGCAGAACAUGACUCGAGACACAUCCAGUCCCGUGUCCAGCUUGCACGGUUGUAUGACAGCCUUGGCAUGGCUGAAGAGGCACUCAAGUACGUUAACGAGGCCGUCCUGCUCGAGAGACAAGAAAUCAGAGGUGAUCGUCGACGAAAGGACACAAGGCUGGAACAGCUGGUGUUGGAAUUCAAAACUGCCGAUAUGGGAGUAGAUGUGGGUGCAGCGCCGUUGAGGCCGCUUGCCCCGAAGCCUGCAGGGGAUGAGGGGUCAACAGUCACACUUACCACCGUCGCAGGUCGGAAGCGCUCGGUGGAAAUUGGAGCUGACCGGACAGAGAACGUGCUGUACCUCUAUAGAAAGCUAUCGCAGUUACAACCAAAGGUUGAAGAAGGGAACGCGGAAGCCACGGAGGAUUGGUUGGACAUUGCUGAUGCUCUUCUGCGAGAGUUUCGGUCGAACCGGGCCUUCUACCCUGCUCAACGGAGCCUCACUUUUCUGGAUCAGCUCUACACCGCAAUGUCCCGGAAGAGCCUCUCGAGAAAUGCCGUACCGACCGAUUACCAUGGGAUAUCGUUCGAUGAAUGGCUUGAUCUGUUCCUGCAGUAUGCUCUUAUUGUGGCGGGACAAGGCGAGCCAAGUGAAGCAUAUGAUGCUCUUGGUGCUGCCGCUGAUGCGAGCCUGUGGUAUCAUUCAAAGUCCAGCCUGCGUCUGAUUCAUGUAUGCUGGUUCUCAUGUGCACUGCGGGCAGGCGAUGGGAAGACACUUGUGAACGAAGCUCGCUGGUUUAUCAAGAAAUAUCAGUUUGUGACAGAUACAUACCGUCUACAGGCCAUUUUGAGCCGCGUGUCAGGCGACCCGGUGUUCUAUUCGCCGCCAGAAAAGAAGUUUAUGCUCCGACAGAUCCGGGCCGUGGACUACAAUCUUCCUAAAGAAAGUGCACGGACCCGGCCCAGCAGUGAGCCGGUACGACCGUCAGUGUACAAGGAGCGCGCAUCUCUCACAACCCGUGACGAAUCUGGAGAGCUGAUCAUGGCCGAGGAGAUGGAUAUCACCCUGCUUUACUUGUACGGCCACAUGCUCUUCUCUACCGACAGUUUCACGGAGGCGCUGAAUUAUUUCUUCCGUGCGUAUGCGCUAGACGACCAGAAUCCAGCGGUUCUACUCUCGAUUGCGCUCUCCUACAUCCAUCAGUCUUUGAAACGCCAGUCGGAAAACCGUCAUUACCAGAUUAUGCAGGGUCUCUCCUUCAUGCAGGAGUACCGACGUGUUCGGGAACGAAAGGGUUGUUCUCUCCAGGAGCGACAAGAAAUGGAAUUCAACUUUGCACGCGUGUAUCAUACCUUGAGUCUGGCGCAUCUUGCCGUGGAGGGUUACCAGCGUGUCUUGGCCUUGGGGGAGCAGAUCCGCGCCGAGCGUCAACGAAAAAUACCCAUCUCCCGGGUCACCCAACCGGCUGGUGGUGAGGACGAGCCUAUGAUGGCUACAGAGUCUGAGAGUCAGGACAUCUCUGUGGAGGACUUCUCCGUGGAAGCAGCAAUGGCUUUGCAGGGUAUACAUGCGCUGAAUGGGGAUUUCAAAUCUGCCCAGGAUGUCACUAUGAAGUGGCUUGUUAUUUGA